UCCUCGUGAUGACAGCAAAUGACAGAACUGUUCGCCCUAGCAGAAGCCAGUGUGAAACAGCUAACCGCCAACAAACAAUUCCUUAGACGCGACACAUUUUAUAAUCAACCGUGUUUAGAGACGUUGUGAACAAUCCGUAGAGAUCAGUAAGAUUUGCUAUUUGCCUCACUGCCCGUGUGAGCCAGUGAAGAUGGUGAAGCCAGACAUCCACACUCUGGCCCACCACCUGAAACAGGAGCGGCUGUAUGUGGCAUCGGAGAAGCAGUUGAUUCAGAGGCUCAACAGUGAUGUGUUGAAGACAGCUGGGAGGCUGUAUCGGGCUGCCUGGAUCGCCAAGCAGCAGAGGAUCAACCUCGAUCGUCUUAUUCUCACCAGUGCGGAAGCCUCCCCGGCUGAGUGCUGCCAACAUGCCAAAAUGCUGGAAGACACACAAUUUAUUGAUGGCUACAAGACUUUGGGUUUCCAGGAAACAAUCUACGCCGAGUUCUUGGCCAGACUGAGGGAAAAUCCCAGACUGGUUGCAUCCUGCCUGGUGGCAGGAGAGAGGCUGAACCAGGAGCACACCCAGGGUGUCAUCCAUACAGUCUUUACCUCACUUUAUGGCAACUGUAUCAUGCAGGAGGAUGAGAGCUACCUUCUCCAGGUUUUGAGGUACUUGAUAGAGUUUGAACUGAAGGAAAGUGACAACCCUCGACGUCUACUCCGACGAGGAACCUGUGCCUUCAGCAUCCUUUUUAAGCUCUUCUCUGAAGGUCUCUAUUCAGCCAAACUCUUCCUCACUGCCACCCUCCACGAACCCAUCAUGCAGCUGCUAGUGGAGGACGAGGACCACCUUGAGACUGACCCAGCCAAGGUGACAGAGCGCCUCACUCCAGCCCAGCAGGAACGCUUUGGAGAGAAAGGCUCUGAGGGCUACAAACAAAGGGUGCAGACUGCUGUUGAGGCCAAUGAAGCCAAGCUGGUGGCGCUGGUUAACAAGUUUAUUGGUUACUUAAAGCAAAACACCUAUUGCUUUCCUCAUAGCCUGCGCUGGAUUGUGUCCCAGAUGUACAAGACUCUGUCAUGCGUAGAGCGUCUUGAGGUGGGUGAGGUGCGCACCAUGUGUACAGACCUACUGCUGACCUGCUUCAUUUGUCCAGCUAUAGUAAACCCAGAGCAGUAUGGUAUUAUCUCAGAUGCACCCAUCAAUGAGGUGGCUCGCUUUAAUCUCAUGCAGGUGGGGCAGCUCCUGCAGCAGCUGGCCAUGGCAGAUGAUGACGCAGACCCAAGACGGAAAAGCAGUUUGUCUAAGUUUGAUAAGAGUUGUGUUGCUGCCUUUUUGGAUGUGGUGAUCGGAGGACGAGCAGUUGAGACCCCACCCAUGUCCUCCAUGAACCUUCUAGAAGGCCUCAGUCGGACUGCAGUCUAUAUUACUCAUAAUCAACUACUUGCACUGGUGGACUUUGUUCGAAGUGUGAUGGCAGGGGAUCACCUUCGAGAGGAGGAGCACAUUGCCUUGGAGACCCUGCUGGCAAAUGUGCCCCAGUCUCGAACUGUAAAGAGCAACAGCCUGGAGCUCACCCCCUCCAACACCCCCCAGCUUUCCCCAGCUACUACUCCUGCCAACAAGAAGAACAGACUACCCAUAGGACAACACUUAGCCGCUAUAACAUCCUGGGACCCCACAGCCACCACUCUGUCUGCUCACAUUCCAUUAGUAACCCCUUUUGCAGCUGCUCGUAGCCGCAGCCGUUCCAACAUAGCCCAGGAGGGGGAGGCAGAGGCCAGCUCCCAAGAGUCCCUACAGGAGCUGAUGCCAGAGGAGGUGCUGGUAAUUUCACUAGGAACUGGUCCUCAGACUGUCCCUGGGAUGAUGUCAGAGAAUGAGGUUUUGAACUUGCAGAUGGCUGAUGGGGCCCAGGGGGAUGGCAAUGCUGAUGAUACGAAGCUGCAUGGUAAACCAGACAAAACACUGCGUUUCUCGCUCUGCAGUGACAACUUGGAAGGAAUCUCAGAGGGUCCAUCAAAUCGUUCCAACUCUGUGUCAUCUCUGGACCUGGAGGGAGAGUCUGUGUCUGAACUGGGAGCUGGACCAUCAGGGAGCAAUGGGGUAGAGGCUCUGCAGCUUUUGGAGCAUGAGCAGGCCACCACACAGGACAACCUGGAUGACAAACUGCGCAAGUUUGAGAUCAGAGACAUGAUGGGUCUGACAGAUGACCGUGACAUUUCUGAGACGGUCAGUGAAACCUGGAGCACUGAUGUGCUUGGCAGUGACUUUGACCCAAAUAUGGAUGAAGAUCGACUGCAGGAAAUUGCAGGGGCAGCUGCAGAGAACAUGCUUGGCAGCCUGCUGUGCUCGGGUUCAGUUCUGCUCGACCCCUAUGGCUCCACUAUCUCUGAGACCACAAGCGAAGCCUGGAGUGUGGAGGUCCUUCCCAGUGACUCUGAAGCUCCAGACUUGAAGCAGGAGGAGCGUCUGCAGGAGCUGGAGAGCUGCUCUGGAGUUGGCAGCACCUCUGACGACACAGAGGUCAGAGAAGUCAGCUCAAGACCCAGUACACCAGGCCUCAGUGUUGUUUCAGGUAUCAGUGCAACUUCAGAAGACAUCCCUAACAAGAUUGAAGACCUGCGAUCAGAGUGCAGCUCAGAUUUUGGAGGGAAGGACUCUGUGACCAGUCCAGAUGGGGAGGAGUCAAACCACGGAGCCCACCAUCUAACAUCUCCACCUUCACAGGCUGAUUCCUUACUAGCCAUGUUUGAUCCCCUCUCCUCUGGUGAAGGCUCCUCCACUGGGACAAUAGUUAGGCCCAAAGUGCACUAUCCCAGGCCCCCCCAUCCUCCCCCAGAUCCCCCUAUUCCUGAAGCCAGUUCCCUGGGGCAGGAGAACCGCCACUCUCUUUUCACGCCUCACUGCUUGGCCCAGGCUGAGCUCGAGCUCACCAAGCAGCGCCACUCCUUCCCAGACAGGCUGGUCCGCAGCCGCAGCUCUGACAUUGUGUGCCCGGGCCGCCGGCCCACAAGUGACCCCGGCCUUAACAGGCGGGUGGCAGUGGAAGAGCGCGACCCUGCUGGGGCUUUCGCCUCAGGACCAUCCUCAUCACCCAGCAAGGACUCUCUGAAAGGAGAGGUGGAGGAUAGGAAAGACAGUGAUGAUGAGAAGUCUGAUCGCAACAGACCAUGGUGGAAGAAACGUUUUGUGUCAGCUAUUCCUAAAGUGCUGUAUUGGACGGCUGAGAGUGAUGUCCCAGCUCCGAUCGCAGCAUUUAGGAAAAGGGACAAACAGGAGAAGGAUGAAAUUGCCCAGGAGCGAAUCCCACAAGAUGACCCAAUGCCCAGACAAAGCACCCAAACCCAGGCAGCUGAGGACAUCCUGGACAAAUACAGGAACAUCAAGAGGACGAGUCCAAGUGAUGGAGCCACAGCAGGAGCCUCCUAUGACGGCGCAGGAGAUCUUUGUGUUGAGGACACUGUGCAUGAUUCUCCUAGAGAAGAUAACCUGCAAAAUAUUUCCACUGAUGACCUUCCAGACUCAGCCAGCCAGACAGCACAGCAACAUGAUUCCAAGUUCUCUUUCAGUGAUGCAAAGAAGAAGUUGAGAUUGGCUUUGUGUGCUGCAGAUUCAGUGGCUCUUCCCAUUAUGGCACCGGCAACCACACGUAAUGGACUGCCUGAUCACAUGGAUCCUGAAGACAAUGAGAUCGUCUGCUUCCUGAAGGUCCAGUUAGCAGAGGCCAUCAACCUUCAGGAUAAAAACCAGAUGGCCCAGAUCCAGGAGACCACACGCUGUGUCAGUCGCUUUGAUCCACGCACUUGCAGGAAGUUGCUGGCUGCUAUUGCAGAGGAUUACAGAAAGCGGGCUCCAUACAUAGCUUAUCUAACCAGGUGUCGUCAGGGCCUUCAGACCUCUCAGGCCCAUUUGGAGAGGCUCCUCCAGAGGGUGCUCAGAGACAAGGAGGUAGCCAACCGUUACUUCACCACUGUUUGUGUCCGGCUACUACUUGAACAUAUGGAGGCCCAGAUGCUUAACUUCAUUAAAGCGUUCCAGGGGUGCACAGCAGCUGAUGACAAGACAGCAGCAGUGGAGGAUUUUCUGCGCCACUUGUAUGGUGCCAUGGCCCGUGAUGCCAUUUGGCAGUAUGCAAGCGAGGACCAGCUGCAGGAUGCCCAGAUGGCUAUCGAGCGCAGUGUUAUGAACCGCAUCUUCAAACUGGCCUUUUACCCCAAUCAGGAUGGGGAUUCUCUCAGAGACCAGCUCUUCCAUGAACAUAUCCAGCGGCUCUCAAAAGUUGUGACAGCAAAUCAUAAAGCACUUCAAAUCCCAGAGGUUUACCUGAAAGAAGCUCCCUGGCCCUCUGCUCAGGCUGAGAUCAGAACCAUCAACGCAUAUAAGACGCCACGAGACAAAGUCCAGUGUAUACUGCGUAUGUGCUCCACCAUCAUGAACCUUCUCAGUCUAGCAAAUGAAGACUCUGUGCCAGGAGCAGAUGACUUUGUCCCUGUGCUUGUCUUUGUUCUCAUAAGGGCAAACCCGCCCUGCCUGCUGUCCACCGUUCAGUACAUCAAUAAUUUCUACGCCAGCCGACUGAGUGGGGAGGAGUGCUAUUGGUGGAUGCAGUUCACCGCGGCAGUGGAAUUCAUUAAGACCAUCGACGAUCGCAAGUGAAGCAGAACAGCCACCUGUAUGGGCAGACUGCGGGGGAAGGAGCCGGGAGACUGGGAGACUUCCCAACCAACUGCUCCCUCUGCACAGCUUAGAGAACCUGGCCGUCAGCCUGCUUAUUAUUUGUAUAGCCUGUACAUAGCCAGAGAUGUUGAAAGAUUACAAAGUAUAUAUUACUGUAUGUAUGUGGACAAAUCCAGGUUUUAGCCGUAGUGGAAAAAAGCGGCUUUGGGGGGGGAAAAAAUGACAUGUUAACUUUUAAUCUGAUUUAAUUUUCCUUUUAUCCUUUUGUCUCUUGGGCUGGGUUCUUCGGGGGCUGAUUUAGGAAUUUUAUAUAUACACAGUUACCAAUAUGACAUUAAAUCAAUGUAAAAGUUAAUCCUAUAUAUAGGGACCACACUUCCUUAUUCGAUCACUGAUUUUUUUUUUUCUUUCUUCUUUUUUCCUCAUUUUUCAUCCAGGUGAUUGGGAAGGGGCCUCCCAUGAAAUUAUAGCAACAUAUUCAUAAAAUGCAUUUUGAUGCAGGGAUUUACAGUCAUAGCUGAUGGAAUUUAAUAAUAUAAACUUUAAGACUAAAUUCACAAUUAACAAUACUUUCAUAAGGUUGCAGCUUAGUUGUGCAGCUUCGUUCCUGGUUUGAUUAUUUUAUUCUCAAACAUGCAUCAAUUAGGACAUAAGGGCCCACAUAUUUAUAUAAAGUUAAUGUAUUUAUUUCUCAGUAUAUUUAAUGCUUUAUAUAACACAAAAAAAGGAAAAAAGGAAAGAAAUUAAAGCCUGUUCAAGAUGUUGGUGGCAAGUGAUGAAAUGCUUGAGUUGGGAAGGCACCUUAGCCUUGAGUAGCCCUUUGGUGGUGAUGCUGGGCAAUGUACAGGGUCAUGCACAGAGCAAUGGUGGCAUUUAGGGAUAAAUUGAAAAUGGUGCCUUUGAUGUGGGGCGCGCUGUUUGUAAACAUUUUUUCCUUAUUUUUUCCCCCUAUUUUGUAAAAUCCAAAACAGGCAUUAUUCUCUUCCCUCCCCACACACUCCAGUGGGCCAACAACUUUUGUCCAGCUCUCAUUGCUGGAACUUGGGCAUCACCACACCUCUGAUUGUCAUGGCUUAGUCCCUUUAAUGCACCUGAGUUGGAACAAAAAUUCCCUUUGGUAUUCUAGAUCCUACCUCAGAGCUGAAGCCAGUGAGCCUGAUGGCGGUCUGUACGCAGUAACUCCUGCACUGACCGUCAGCUGAUUACUGGAUUGUUUUUGUAUAGCUUCAACAUCGUAAAACAGUAACAGAAUCAGAAAAGUUGGAUUUUGACCUGCUGUGAUGCUUGUUGUGGUCUCAUCACCCCCUUGUUAACAGAAGCUUUUGUUAACAGACGGUGACACAAGUUCUAUUAAUAUUGCACCCGGGAUGCGACAUGCAUUAACAUAGGCAGACUAGCAAACUAUUUAGGCUCUCUACCUCCUCACAAAUCAAAGAAAGGGACUCAUAUUUAUGUGCACUUACUUUUCUUUCCCAAUUUGGUGUGCUGUGAUAUCCCAGUGUCAUUGUAUCUUUCCACUUAUAGUUCAAGCAUGUCUUUUGAUUAUAAAGAAAUGACUAAACUCUUUUUUUCUUGAAAUUUUGUGCCACAUGUAUUAUAGUUUAUAUAUAUUUUCUUUUUUCUUUUUUUUUUUGGCUUUUGUUUUUGUCGUUUUUGCAAUUAAUGCCCGGACAGCACAAUACACAGUAGGCUAGAUGAGCAAAUAAUCAACACUAUUGACUUUGAGUUUAUGCUAAAGUGGCUGGUGUAGUAUCUGAGUGUGAUUUCUUUUGUCUGGUGAGUGUGUGAGAUUCUUGUGUGAUUGGUUGACCCUCUGCCUCCUCUUGCAUGAAGUCAUUGAAUGGUCUGUACAUUCUUAAUCAUGAUAGACUGUAGAAUAGGAUUAGUGUGUGCCACAGGCCAGUAACUGAACUUGCAAGAGGAUGUAAAGCUUCUCUUUGUGUUUGUGAUACUUGCAUAUCAGAACUCAAUUUAUUUUGCACAAAACAGAUGUAUUUUCCUGGGAUUUGUGACGGGGAGCACUGCAUUUUGGCCUCCCCUUACUUUUAGCCUACAUCAUUCAUUUGUAACCUGUGAUUAUAAUAAUAUUUGACUGGAACAUUUAAAGACCUCACCGUUAACUCUUACAAGCUGAUGAAAAGUCACAUUAAAUUGUAACAUUGCAAAUACUUUUUAAUCUGUCUACAAUAUCACACAAAGUUUGUGUACGCGUGAUGCACUUAGAGUUGCUGUAAUCAAUUUGAUGAGAAAACCAUGCACUGGAAAACCAAGUUGCAGGUUGCAUCUAUACUAAUUAGGUUUAUAUGAUGUCACUUUAAUUGGGAAAACAUACUGCACAAAUUUGAUAAAAUUGUUUGGCCUGGCUUGUGCGUCAGUUCAUCCUCAAGACAGCCAAUCACAGUGGUUUACCAAUGAUUUCCUGACAUACUGAUGAAUCCUCCAAGUUACUUCACAGAAAUAUACAUGGUCAUGUCGACAACUAGAGUUUUAGCUUUCAUUGUAUGCAAACGAACAGGCUGAAGAGAUGGUCUGUUCUUCAGAGCUUUACUGCUCUGCUCCCUGUACAGUUGAGUUGAAAAGCUGAGUAGACAAAAAAAAAAAAAGGGUUUUACAUCUUGCAUCCAGUUUUAAAUUUAACUAUAAGCUUGCACAACUCUGAUAUAGGGUGGGGGGCAGUUUGUCUUUACUGUGAUUAAUGCGUUAUGUAAUUCUUUAAAAACAAUAAAAAAACAAAACAAAAAAUGACAGUUU